GUUGUCUGCAAAACUAGGGGGCUCAGUGACCCAGAAGCUGCCUUACACAUCUCUUGGGCUCAGGUCAGACUGACCCUCCAUUACCAAAUCUCAAUAACAGGUCCAGAGUCCUCCACAGCUUCUUGCCUGUCCCACUGAGCUGGAUGUGCUUGCAAAAGAGCAAAUGGGGAAACAAAGCAGGACCUUUGACCCCUUGCUACCACUAUAUUAGCUCUGCAUAAAUGCUGGGGUCUCAGAUGAGCACCUACCUCAGCUUGGGCCUGAGAAGGAGAGAAAGCAGGACAGGUCUCUCUGUGUAGAGAGCAGAACUGGUACUCAAACCAUGCUGCAAUCCAGGGCAUUGGUGAUAGCUCUGAUUCUGCUCCUUAGCACCACUCUCCCCGAAGUGCAGUCAAAGUCCAUCUUUGAGAAAGACCGUCGUGAGUUGCUGGCCAUCCCUGAGACUAUUGCAUCUUACUUCUAUGAAGCUGUGAACAAGGUGUCCCCUAAAGUCAGCCAGUUCUUGUUGGAUACUGUCCAGAGUCCAACAGUUAUUGCGGCCAGACAGAGAAUCGCCAAAGAAGCAACUAAAAUCAGUAUAAUGUUUGAACAGCUGAUUGAAAAAAUAAAGACCGUGUGGUACACAAGAGUCCUAGGCUAUUAGCCAAAUGAGGACAAGUCAGCGUUUCCUGAUGUGAGUGUGUAACACCCUGCAGUGUCCUUUCCCCCUGCCCCUCCUACAGACCAAGAUCAGUCAAUAAGACAGAAUCGAUGCUCCUCUUAAUGCCACUAGAGGGAAUCCACCUUUAAAGACCAAAAGAGAAGGCAUCUGCUGAAGGCAUCUGCUGAAGCCUCCCCGGAAAAAAAUCAAGCGGCUGGGCAUGGGGAAGGCAAUAUAGAGAUUGUAAAGUUCUUCUGUAGCCAAAUCUUGACAAUUAAUUCCUCCUGAAUGGCUUGGUCAUAG